ACGCUGGCCGCCUCCGCCUCGAGCAGCAGCGGCCCCGGCAGCCCGGCCCACGGCGGCGGCGGUGGCGGCAGGUUCGAGUUCCAGUCCCUGCUCAGCAGCCGCGCGCCCGGCGCCGACCCCACCUGCGCCCGGCUCCGCGCGUCCGAGAGCCCGGUGCACCGCCGCGGUUCCUUCCCUCUGGCCGGGGCGGGCCCCUCGCAGGCGCCCCCGGGCCCCCUGCCCGAAGAAGACCGCUUGGACCUGAACCCGUCCUUCCUGGGCAUCGCCUUGCGCUCCCUGCUGGCCAUCGACCUGUGGCUGUCCAAGAAGCUGGGGGUGUGCGCCGGGGAGAACUCGUCCUGGGGUAGCAUGCGGCCCCUUAUGAAGCUGCUGGAGAUCUCGGGACACGGCAUCCCCUGGCUCCUGGGCACCCUCUACUGCCUGUACAGGAGCGAUAGCUGGGCCGGGCGCGAGGUGCUCAUGAACCUGCUCUUCGCCCUGCUGUUGGACCUGCUGCUGGUGGCCCUGAUCAAGGGGCUGGUGCGCAGGCGCCGCCCGGCUCACAACCAGAUGGACAUGUUUGUCACCCUCUCAGUGGACAAGUACUCCUUCCCCUCGGGCCAUGCCACCAGGGCCGCCCUGGUGUCCCGGUUCAUCCUGAACCACUUGGUGCUGGCCAUUCCGCUGAGGGUGCUUGUGGUCCUAUGGGCCUUCAUCGUGGGCUUCUCCAGGGUCAUGCUGGGGCGGCACAAUGUCACUGACGUGGCUUUUGGCUUUUUUCUGGGCUACACGCAGUACAGCAUCGUGGACUAUUGCUGGCUUUCACCGCACAAUGCCCGGGUCCUCUUCGUACUGUGGAACCAACAAUGACACCACUUCAUUCAUUGUGGCACCAGGAGAGCUGAAGGAUUCCACAAGCGAUGAAGCCAGUCAGUAUAAACCAGUGGCAAUCCUGCUUGUC